AUGACAUUGGGGAAGAUAAAGCUGAGGCCCAGCCAAAGGGAAGAUCUGGAAUUACCAUUAUUUGACUUGGCCGCUGUUGUUUGUGCAACCAAUAACUUUUCAAACAAGAAUAAACUUGGAGAAGGGGUGAUUUCGGAUCAGCCUUUUAAGGACUAUGGAUACAAGUCGUAUAUUGUACGUUCGCAAACUACAGAGUAUGGAUUUUGGUCAUCAUAUGUGGCUAAUGGAUUUCAGGGUACACUGAAAGAUGGACAAGACAUGGCUGUGAAGAGGCUCUCAAAACAUCCUAGACAAGGACUCAAUGAGUUGAAGAAUGAGGUUAAACUUCGACACAGGAAUAUAGUGAAGCUUCUGGGAUGCUGCAAUCGAGAAGAUGAAAUGAGCUGA